AUAUAUAAACAUUGGGGGGACUGCAGUAAAAAAAGUACAGUUGUGCUUACGAAGCUAGUGGCGGCAAAAUGGCGGACUGCUCGUUCGCCAGAUGCCUGCAGGAGCGGCGUCUCAUCAAGCGGGAGCUCUCCAAGUGGUCCAAGGAUAUGCUGCACAUUGUGGGCUUAGAACGUGUUGCUGAGGAAUUUAUGGGUCGCAGGAAAUGGAAAAAUUAUCAAGAGCAAGCGACGCGCAGCCAACUGAAUAUCGAGGAGCAACAGCCCAUAGCGACAGCCGGUUCCGACGAGGACGAGGACAACAAGGACAACAGAAACCACUGUAAGCCAGAGAACCAGCACCACCGUUUAGAGCAGCAGUUUGAGGAGGAUUUUGGUGAGUCCUUCAAAGGAUCUUCAGGCGGUCUUGGGUCUAAAGUUGUUGGCAAUUCCACAGAUAACCAAACAUCACAGGAUUCAUCACGUACAGCAACACCCAUAAGUAUACCAUCACCACCGCCAGAACCCAACGAUUGGAGACCGUCGGACAAGUGCAAUUUCUGUGUCAACGGUCGCCUGCUAACGGUGAACGCCCAGGGCCAAUUGGUGGCCGAAACGGUGGCACCCACAGCCACAGUCCACAGCAGCAGCAGCAGCACCAGCAAAGGCCCCAUAUACCACAACGGUCAACACGACAGUGACAGCAACUCGAGCGCAUCACUGCACCAGUCUGGGGCACGCAACAUUGCCAACAGCGGCAACUCCCUGGAACUGUACAAGCUGCUCACCCAACGGGCAGCCAAAAUGACAUCCAUGGACUCGAUGGCCGCCCAGCUGGCCCAGUUCUCGCUGCUGGCCGACUUCAAUCUGAUUAACUCUCUGGCCAGCCAGCAGCAACAGCAACAGCAACAGCAGCAGCAACAUCCGCCACACAACUCGGUAACAACAACUACCUCAGAACUGCUAUCGGCAGCCGCCAUCAGUGCCGCACUCAAAGAUACACCCAGUCCCAGUGCCGAUGCCCCGCUCGAUCUUAGCAGCAAGCCAUCGCCAAAUUCAUCGAUUAGCGGCGAUGUAAAGUCCAUCAGAGCCCUCUCGGACUGUCCCACGCCCACGCCUUCGUCGGGGCGAAGGACGUACAGCGAGGAGGACCUGAACAGGGCCCUGCAGGACGUGACGGCCAGCAAGCUGGCACCCCGCAAGGCGGCCGGUCAGCACCGCUCCAGCCUGAUGAACAGGAUGGCGCACCACGAGCAGCGGCUCGAGCGACUCGAGCGGCUCGAGCAGGACGAGCCGGAUGAGCCGGAGGACUCGGCGGACGAGGCCGAGGUGGACAGCAACGCCUCCACCCCGGCACCGGUCUAUCCGGAGCUUGCCCAGCGCAUCGCGGCCACGGCCCAGCUCCACAAGCUGAGCAGCCACCUGUCCGAGCACAAUGGCAGCGAGGAUCUGGGCGAGGACCUCGAGGGCGGGGGCCAGCACUCGCCGAAGCUGUCCAGGAUACCAGGGCCCGCCAGUGCGGUGGCACCCAUACCCAUCGACACGAAUGUGCUGCUGCACUCGCUCAUGCUGGCGGCGGGCAUCGGAGUGAUGCCCAAGGUGGACGAGACCCAGACGGUGGGGGACCUGAUCAAGGGCCUGCUGGUGGCCAACACCGGCGGCAUUGUGAACGAUGCGCUCAUCAAUCUGCUCGCGGCCAGCCAGCAGGAGACCAGCAAUGGCAAUGCCGCCAGCCUGCUCCUCCAGCAGCACCAGCACCAGCACCAGCAGCAGUUGAAUGCCUUUCACCAUCGCCUACCAAAGUCUGAAACGCCCGAGACGAGCUCCUCGCUGGAUCCCAACGAGGCCAGCGAGGAUCCCAUACUGAAGAUUCCGUCCUUCAAGGUCAGCGGGCCACCCAGCAUCUCGCCCAGCAUCAGCCACAGCCACCACCAGCAGCAGCAGCAGCAGCACCUCCUUCAGCAGCAGCACCACCACCAGCACCCACACCACCACAACAAUCACAGCUCCAGCAGCAACUCCCACGCCCACGGCCACUCCCACGCCCACGCCCACUCCAACAGCAGCAAUCGGAACGGGGGCGGGGGCGGUGGCGGGGGGAGAGAGCGCAGUCCGCACUCGGCCUCGCCGAUGCUGGCGGCCGCUGUGUCCAACAGCAGCGCAAGUGCCGCCGCUGCCGCCGCCGGCCUGCUCUCGGCCUCGCCCACCUCCAUCCAGAAGAUGAUGGCCAGCAACAUUCAGCGGCAGAUCAACGAGCAGAGCAGCCACGAGGCAGCCGCAGCCGCGGCGGCGACGGCCAGCAGCAGCCUGCGCAACGGCAGCACUAGCGCCGGCAGCGACUGCAGCAACAAUGGGGCAGCAUCCGGCAACAACAACAGCAGCAGCAGCAGCAGCUACAAGAAGCCCAGCAUCUCGGUGGCCAAGAUCAUUGGCGGCACGGACACGUCCCGCUUUGGGGCGUCGCCGAACCUGCUCUCCCAGCACCAGCACCAGCACCACCAUGCCCACCUGCCCGCCGGCCAUCAUGCGGCGGCCGCGGCGGCGCACUCGCACCAGGCGCAACUGAGCGCCCAGGAGGCGGCCGCCCUGGCAGCGGGCAAGGGAACGCGCCCGAAGCGUGGCAAGUACCGCAACUACGACCGGGACAGCCUGGUGGAGGCCGUCAAGGCGGUGCAGCGCGGCGAGAUGUCCGUGCAUCGGGCUGGGAGCUACUACGGCGUGCCCCACUCCACGCUGGAGUACAAGGUGAAGGAGCGGCAUCUGAUGAGGCCCCGGAAGCGCGAGCCCAAGCCCCAGCCGGACCUGGUCGGCCUGACGGGACCCGCCAACAAGGUGUGUCCGGAGAAGCUGAAGCCCGGCAACCACAUCAACCACACGGGCAACCACCACGGCGUCGGCGGCUCGAAGCUGAGCAAUGCCCUCAAGAGCAACACCUCCUCCCAGGCGGCAGCGGCAGCGGCGGCGGCCGCCGCAGCAGCGGCCUCAGCCACAGUGCCCAACGGCCUCAAGCUCUUCGAUGGGGUGGCGCCGCAGUUGGGCUUUCAGCCGAAUAUAUUUUGGACCCAGCAGAAUGCCGGCAAUGCGUAUGGCCUGGACCUGCACCGCAUGGCGGAGGCCAUGCGCCAGCAGACCAACCAGACGAACGCCCACGAACGACCGAUGAAGAGCGCCCUGGAGAUAGCCGAGCACAUGUACGACGGCAUCAUCCGCAAGACCCUGCAGUCGUCCGGCGAUGGCAAUGGAAACGGGAGCGGCAGCGGCAGCGGCAGCAGCAGCACCAGCAACGGACACGCCCUGGGCCAUGGGCUGGGCCACCAUGGCAAUGCGCUGCUCGAUCAGCUGCUGGUGAAUAAGACGCCCCUGCCGUUCACCAACAAUCAGAGCAACGACUACCGGGGGGCCGCCUGUUCGAGCGGCGGUGGGGAGCGCAUCAAGCGAUCGGCCAGUCCCUUGGGCGUCUAUGCGGAUAUCAAGAGGGAGCGUCUGAGUGCGGACAGUGCCAGCAGCGAUGAGGAGAGGGAUCGAGAGCGGGAGCGGGACCGGGAUCGGGAUCAUGAUCAUUCCAGCAACAACAACAACAACAACAGCGACCUGGCGCACAACAAGAACAAGAGCAGCAGCAGCAACAACAAUGGCAACAGCAGCAGCAGGAACAACAACAACAAUGGCAAUGGCCGGAGCCGAAUGACCUCCAGGGACUCGGACGCCACGGAUGCCAGCAGCCUGAAGAGCGACCACAGCAGGCACCGGCACAGGCACAACAAAAUGAUGGAUCUCAAUGGGAGCAACAGCAGCAGCAGCCAGAACGACGGUGACGGCGAUGGCGAUGGCGAUGGCGAGGGCGAGACGACCCACUCGCAGAUGCCCAGUCCCAAUCCCAGUGGCAGUCCCAAUCCCAAUCCCUGCCCCAGUCGCAGUCGCAGUCCUGGCUGCAGCAGCAGCGCCGUCGGCGGCUCCAUAUUGCACGAGAAGCUGGCCCAGAUCAAGGCCGAGCAGCUGGAGCAGCAGCAGCAGCAGCAGUUAUAGGAUCAGUCGAUGGCAAGGCCGGCAGCAUUUGCCUGGCCGCCGCUGGCCACCCACUACUAUAGCUUCUAGAAAAAAACGGGCAGGAAGGAUCGGCAGGGAUCGACCAGGAUCAGACAGGGAGUCCGGGGAGUAAAGCAAACCAAAUUAAGCAACUCUUUUUAUAGUACAUAAAAGAAACAUAUAUAUAAACGCGGAAACAGAGCCCCCUUCCCCCCUCACUCACCCGCUGAGAUCCGCAUAGAAAAACAGCAAGAAACCAACAAACAAAAUACAAACAUACACCUAUGGCGCGCUGUGUACGCGCGUAUAUACAUAUGUACGUAUUAUUGUUUCGUUUUUGACAAUCGACAAAUAGGCAUUCUCUUGUACAAAACAAAAACAAAACUUUCUUAACAAAACCAA